AUGCCAACGGCGGUUCGUCUGAAACGAGGGGCCGGGAAAUACGUGGUGAUGGGUAUGGUUGGCCUAUUCGUGCUCGGCGUCGUUGCCGUGGCCUUCUUCGGCAGCUCGCAGGCCGCCGACACGGUCACCGUCACCAAGCAGGUCUACUUUGACAUCGAGAUCGGAGGCAAGAAGGAGGGCCGUAUCGUCAUCGGACUUUUCGGAGAUGUCGUCCCCAAGACCGCCCGCAACUUCCUCGAGCUGGCCACCGGCCAGAACGGCUUCGGCUACAAGGGCUCCAAGUUCCACCGUGUCAUCAAGGACUUCAUGAUCCAGGGAGGAGACUUCACCCGCGGUGACGGCACCGGUGGCAAGUCCAUCUACGGAGACCGUUUCGCCGACGAGAACUUUGACCUGAAGCACUACGGCCCUGGAUGGUUGUCGAUGGCCAACGCCGGAGCCGACACCAACGGAUCGCAGUUCUUCAUCACCACCGUGACCACCCAAUGGCUCGACGGACGUCACGUCGUCUUCGGCAAGAUCCUCGAGGGUAUGGAUGUCGUGAGGAAGAUCGAGGGAUCCGAGACUGCCCCUGGAGAUCGCCCGAAGAAGGAGGUCAAGAUCGCCGAUUCCGGAGAGCUGCCCCUUGCCGCCCCGUUCGAGACCCCCAAGGCCGGCGUCAAC